AUGAAAGCUGCAAUAGUCCUUGCAGCACUGCUGACGGCUCUAGCUGUCUGUCCGGAUCACGACUACUGGGUUAACCGAGUCUGGAGGGAGCUGCAGCAGUCUGUGACGUGUGCAACCUGCGAGAUCCUGUUAGGCACACUGAAGGCCGUGGCGCAUCAGGGCCCGGAUGUUCUGCGAGCCGUCUUGACUGAGAUGGCACCACGGCCGCCCAAGCGCCCAGCUUGGAUGUGCGCCAGCCUGGGUCGCCGGUGUCCGUGGCCAGAGAUCGAUUUCAAUCCGACUCUACCACCCGAGCCGUCGAGCAAGCCCAUCACGCGGAGCUUCAACCAUAUACCGAUUCGUGAAAAACGAUCCGUCCGCGUGGCCCAUCUCAGCGACACGCACGUUGACCGCUUCUACACGCCGGGGGGACCAGCUAUCUCUCUGCUCCAAACCCAUGUGCUGCCGGCCGUAUACAGCGGGCGAUGCGCCCAACAGCACGCUCUUCCCCUGCGGGGACUGGGGCAAUCCUCGCUCACCAGUCCAGCGUCCGUCGAGGCCGAUUAUAACACCACGUAUACAGCGCUGCAGACCCUCAACCGCCAGGGACCCGUCUAUCUCGCCCUCGGCAACCACGACACCUCUCCGAGCAACAUCUACCCCGUGUCUCCCACAACCACGGCCACUACAGCAUCCUCCACCACCACCAGCACCGCCCGCAAUAGCAGCGCCCGCGAAGCCAUAGGCAUCAACUACAUCACGCCCAGCCUGACAUCCGAACACGGCCGCCCGGCCUUCCGGCUCUACGACGUCGACCCUACCACCUGGACGGUCGUGGAUUAUACGGUCUACGUGGCGGGGUAUGACUUCCGGACUGUGCCGCCAGCCCAUCGAUUCUAUGGGGAUAGUGCUGAGGGUACUGUUCUGGGGUGUGUCGGAGGAGGGAGAUCUGUUACUUGA